AUGACGGCAAAGAAUUAUCUGCUUCAACUCAAAGAAGCAGAAUCCCUUCUUUCCGAUGGCCAAUACACCACUUUAUUAUCAUUUUAUGAAACUUCUUUCCUUUCGGACCUUCCGUACCUCUACAAAUCCCCAUCGCCAGUGAUCCUUCACCAUUUACUCACUUUGGCCCUGCUUGGGCCAAUUGCCAAUGAUAAAUUGGUGGUGGCAACGGUAUACGACGGGAACUUUAGACUGCCACAUUUGCCAAUCAAUGGCCGAGCCAUUAGGUUGUUGGCGCAGUUCUACCAGAUUUCCCAACCCAAAACAGAUUCCCAAAUCAUACUACCCCAAGACCAAGCAAUUCUCAGCGCCUCAAUGAUUUCCACCGUCGAAAACUUACUCUGUCCCAGUAAAUCUUUUUCUUCUUCUUCUUCUUCUUCUUCUUCUUCUUCUUCUUCUUCUUCAUCCCCCAUCAUUGAUAGGCUCAAACUGCAAAAAAUCAUUGGCCAUUCUCCUUUGAUGAUCGCGGUGAAAAAUGGGCCUUGGAGACUCAUUGGUUGGCCGAUCGACUGCUCCAAGUAUUUGGAUAGUUCGUCUCAACUUACUGCAAAUGAGCAGGUGGUUCGUAAAGCAGCUUGGCAAACCUGGUUCCCGGUGAUAAAUUGGUUAGUGAACGUGAUGCAUCUUGAUUUAUCUACGAGAAUCGACGAGUCGUCAGUGAGCAAUUCGAUCAUCGCCAGGUUUCUUGGUCAUUUGGGCCAUCGUACUUUUGUGCGUCGAGCUUUAGAACAUGUGUUUAUCAAUCAUUUGGAUAAUAUCAAUGAUAUCAAGAAAACCAGCGUGAUUUUCUCCGAUAUGGUGUACGAAGACGAAUUACGUCCAGGGAUUUCUCGGGCGAUCAUUGAAGAAGAAGAAGAAGAAGAAGAAGAAUCUUGCCCGACGACCCUUCAUGAUGCCGAUGUGGUGUACUUCCAAAAAAAAAUUGUGUUGUUGAUCUAUCAAUACCUUGAUGCGGAUUUCCGGACGGAAAUGGUGAAAGAAAUGAUCGGUCAUGAAUUAUUGAAAUAUUUUAAAGCGUUCACGUUCUUGGAACUAGCGGAUUUUUUUUUCUUGAACCACUCGUCAGUUUCUGCGGCGGCGGCAAUGGUAACCGUACCCCAACUGUCGUUGUCAAAUGACGAUUUGAAUCUUUUCGAUGCCUCGGGAUGUAAUGGUAUCAAAUCCAACAAAUCAUUAGAUACCAUGCUACUUCAAGCGGCGAUCCAAAUGUUAUCCACGGUUUCCAGCUCGAUGAAAUUCAAAAACACUUUCCCCCUCACUUACACCGAUGUUGAUUUGACAAUUAUCUCUCAUAAACUAUUGAAUCGUGAUAAUUUAUUUGUGCUAUUAGAAGUAGAGCCAGCAUUGGUGUGGAAAUCCAACAACACUUCUGCGGAAUUCAUGUCGUCGAUAUCUGAGGAUAACGAUACCGAUGAACAACAACAUUUGAGUUUGCAGGAGCUUGAUCAGUCAAUUAAGCAACAUCGCUCGCUAUACGAUCGAUUACUCAAAGUGAACUUGGCGAUAUAUUAUAUUCUACAAUGGUGGAUCUCUUACAACACUUUACUGACAGGAGGAGGAUUAUCAGAAAUGUUUCGAAAAUCGGUGAUGGAUGAUAAAAAAGAAUUCCUUGCGUUGGUAUCGCGGGCCGAAGAAUACAAGAUUGAAAAUCUCAAGUUGAUCAUCAAGGAUAAUCUACGGCAUCGUAACCCAGGCAAGACGGUGGAUGUCGAUGAUAAACUAAAUCAAAUUUUACAAUAUGAUAAAUUGAACAUCAUCAGCAAGAACGUUGCAAAUUUGUUGGAAGUUUUGUGA